GCCCCGGGCCCCGGGCUGUCUCUGCUUCUCUGUUUCCUGCACACUCUGAACAAUGCUGCGCUUCAUCCUGCUCCUGUCCCUGGUGGGGAUCAGCUUACAAGGAGGGGCCAAACCCCAGCAGAACGGCGGAGGAAAUCCCAUAUAUCAGCCGGAUUAUUCCAGGGGUGCAGGAGUCCAACAGCCGGGACACACCGGUCCUCUGGGGGCAAAAUCUGGAGGAAAAUACCCUCAGAACCCAUCUCAAGCUUACCAACAGGGUCCUUAUGGAAUCGGAAAUGGAUAUGGAGGACAGGGGGUAAAGGCUGGGAAAUCAGGUCCGGGCCAGUAUCCUCAGGCUGCUAAACAGAAACCAGGUUAUGCAAACAGAGCUGGAAGUUUCCUGGGCAAUGUUCUUGGACAAGGCCAAGGAGCAAAAUCACCCAAAGCUGGUUACGGUGCAGCAGGAUAUCCAAACAUCGCAGCUCAAGGAGGCUACGGGAAUGGGGCUGCUGGAUACCCGAGUAACAUUGGCCAGCAAGGUUAUGGCGGGAAACCAUCCAAAGCAGGAUAUGGAGCUGGGACCUUCCCACAGUAUGCAGCCCAACCCCAAGGAUAUGGAGCCGCUAAUUACCCCCAGUAUGGCGAGCAAACCGGUUAUGGAGCUGGAGGUUACCCUCAAUAUGGAGCUCAGGCUGGGUACGGGACGAAUGGUGGUCUGUAUCCCGGGAACUUCCAGCAGCCAGGUUAUGGUGGAAAGCCCCCGAAGGCGGGGUACAGGAAUGGAUACGGAGGUUACCCCAAUGCCUACCAGCAGCAGCACCAACAGCAGCAGCAGCAGCACCAACAGCAGCAGCAGCAGCACCAACAGCAGCAGCAGCAGCAAGGUAUAGGAGGGAAACCGUCCAAAGCAGGAUACGGAAAUGGCGCGGCACUUUACCAAGGGGGAAUUGGAAAACCUUCCAAAGUUGCCUCCGGCUAUCCCAGCAACGUCUUCCCACAACAAGGUAUCGGAGCAAAGCCAUCCAAAGCAGGUUUAUUCCAGCAGCCGUAUUCUAAUGGGGUAAAAUCUCCACUCGGUGCGUACCAAGGGCCCGUCGGAGAGAACGCCAAGCUGGGUGCGUAUGGUCAGCAGCUCCCAUACAGGUCACAGCCCGAUGCUCUAGGAUACGACCCGAAAUCUGCAAAAACAGCAGGAGCCAAAUCUCCGUACGGUGCCCAGGCCGGGUAUCCCGAUGCCGCAAACGCAAAAUACGCCGGAGCCGGUCAGACCUCCUUUAAUGGUCAGUCCGUCCCUCAGAACCCUCUGGAAGAGGAAAUUUCUCCAUCUGCUGCUGUUGAGGGAACUCAGAGUAUGAGAGAAGGGGCCACUACCCUUCCGAUAACGCCCACCUCGCCCAGCGUCCUGAACCCGAAACCUUUCAAAGGUGGAUACCAGCAACUGGGAGCCGGACAGAGCGCCUGGACAUAUGCCCCUGAGGAAUCUGCGUACACACAGAACGGAUAUUAUGAAAACAGUUAUAGAGCAGGCUGCGGUGGGAAAUGCUGAACCGACCAGUGACUGUGGCCCCAGCUCGGAACAUCGCUAGGGAAUGCCGGGGCCCUGUAUAUAAAGAUGUGGAAAAGUCACCAAUAAAAUACCUGAAAAGUU